AAUUUUCAUAAGUAAUUAAGGUUAAGGGACCAAUAUAGAUCCAUCAACCUACUGUCCUCAUACGUGAGGAUUGAUAACUUGGGUUCUUGUCCGAGCUAUUGCUGAUUGAAUGUUUGAAGGUACUUUUCAGCGUCACUCAAGGACAACAGUCUGCGCGGAAAGUGGUUACUGCUUGUGAGUGGAUUUCAAUUCAAGGAAUUAGAUAUUUUGAUCAACUUUAAAUUGUCACCUCCUAUGAACCAUACAAGGGCUUUACACUUUGUUUUCAAAGUGGCCAAUCGUAAUGAAACAAUUGAUUUUUACAAACGGAUUCUUGGAAUGAAGGUGUUACGACAUGAAGAAUUUACUGAAGGUUGUAAAGCUUCAUGUAACGGACCAUAUGAUGGAAAGUGGAGCAAAACCAUGAUAGGUUAUGGACCUGAGGAUAAUCAUUUUGUUGUUGAGUUGACUUAUAAUUAUGGGAUUGGUGCUUAUCAACUUGGCAAUGAUUUCCAGUAUAUUCGUAUUCAUAAUAAGGAUGCAUAUUCAAGAAUUAUCGGUGGAUCAUGGCCUAUCACAUUGAAAGAGUCGAAUUCAGUAAAAGUGGAAGCUCCUGGUGGAUAUGCAUUUUGGGUGCAUAACAGUGAUAGUAACGGGGAUCCAGUCCAAAUGGUGGCUUUGUCUACUUCAAAUCUCAAACGAUCCAUUGAUUAUUGGUCUCAUAAACUUAGUAUGACACUUGUGUCAUCUAGCUCAGAUGAAGCGGUGUUUUGUUAUUCACCAAAUCAGUGUAGUUUAAAACUAAUUUCCAUUCAAAAGCCCAUUGAUCAUGCCAGCGCAUUUGGUCGUAUAGCUUUUGCAUGCCCAACUAGUCAAUUACCAAUCUUACAACAAACAAUGGAUUCACAAAAUGAAACGAUUCUUACUCGUCUAGUCAGCUUGGAUACGCCAGGAAAAGCUACUGUACAAGUGAUUAUUUUAGCUGAUCCAGACGGUCAUGAAAUCUGUUUUGUUGGAGAUGAAGCUUUUAGACAGUUGUCACAAGUGGAUUCACAAGCGGAUAAUCUACUACAAUCAGCUAUAGCCUCAGAUAAAAGUGAUGAAUGGUUCAAUAAACAUGGUGGCAAGACAACGAAAUAAAAGGAUUGCUUUCAACUCAUUGAAUCUUGUGUUGUUUACGAUCUUAGCCUCUAUUUAAAGUCAGCUGUACAAUAUGGUGGUCAAAUGGAAUGGGUUUAGCUUUGGUCAGAAGAUACAAUAUGGUAGUCAAAUAAAAUGGAUGUGACUUUGAUCAGAGGACACAAUUUCAUAAUAAACGAUGAUGAAAUCAUCUGACAGAAUUUGUUUUAUUGAAAUCAAAUUCAAAUGUCAAAGUGUAAAUUUUGACAUCCAAUCCAUACAAUCUGUGCUACUUUGAUUUGAACGAAUCGAAUAAAAUCAGUGCCUCAUUGACCGCUAAUUAAUUGACUAUUCCAGAUAACAAACGGUUAGUUUAUGAACAUGUGAGCAAGCAUUUUAAAUUACAAGUUAACCAUUCAUUUAGUUUGAAGUAUUGUAAAUCAUAUCCAAAUGAUGGUUCAUCAAUACGAGUGAGGAAUUUCAACAAACGUUGGAUAAAUAUCAGCUCAUUGUUAACAAUAUGUAGAAGAAUAUUGAAAAUGGAUGAGUUCGUCUACCAUACUAUGAUUGGUUAAAAACGAGCAUAAAAUUUGAUCUUUUCAAUGGUUACUUUGAAUUAUCAAAUUAGAAAGAAACGGCUAUACACUUCGAAAGUCUAUAUAGAAACGUGACAAUUUCCAUUAAAAUUUAAUUUUUCUACUUUAAGCAAGAACACGAGGUGAGUGUAAAGCUGCACACACACGAACAAAAUGCGUGUAUCAUACAAAUUGAAUUUUUUUCUUCAAUGAGAUAAUGUUGUUUUUUCUUUAUCUGGAAGAUUUUCGAUACACUAUUUUAUUUCUUUCAUCAAUAACACUUUGUUUGAUCAUCGUUGUGCUUUACAAAUUCUUCCAAUGUUAAGACAUUUGUAAUGUGAUUUUUGA